AUGGGCAAUAUCCAUUUGGAGCUCUUCCCAAACCUCCCUCCCCUCCUGUUCUGGCUGAAGGAUUUCACAAUGACUUCCCUCAGUGAAGCAAAUGCUAAGUUUGCCACUGACUUCUUCCAUCUGCUGAGAAAAGAACAUCCAUGUGGAAAUAUACUGUUUUCUCCAGUUAAUCUCUCCACUGCCCUUCACUUGCUGCUUUACGGAUCACGGCAUGAUACCAAAGCUGAAAUUGAAAAGGUGCUUCAUCAUCUCAGCAAAGCUAAAGAACAUGCAAGAUCAGGAACCGGAAGUGACUCUGAAACAGCAACAAAAAUUGACCAUUUCGGAAGCAAACUAAGCAUAGAUCUUUCAAACUUGCCAAAUGCUCAGACUGCUGGUUGUGAAGCUGAGGAAGGAGCCUCCUCACCUGUAACACCUGGAGAAGAUGAGAGACGAGCAGAUGGCAACCUGGAGUUGUCAGUGGUGGAAACCACUGGCGAGCUUGAUUCUGAUGAAGCUAUUCCCUCUUACUUCAUUCCUUGGAGAAAACAUCUCCAGGGAAUGGAAGAGGCUGAAUAUCUAGUUCAAGAACAGUCAUCUCCAAAAGGAAAAGUAUCCCGGAAUCCAUCUACUUCACGUGAAAACCCGGAAGAACAACCUGUCCAUGAAAACAUGGCAGCUGCAGAAGCAGGUCUCCACACAUCUUCCCAUGCAGCCAGUGAUAAUAUUAGCGCCCUGUUGUCUGAGUUCAGACACACAGUGAAACAUGCAGACGACAAUGUGCAGGCAUUCAAGGAAACUUUUGAGCUUUUGAAUUCCAUCAUGACCACCCUGCCUGAAGCCAAUGCUAAAUUUGGAGUCGACUUUUUCAAAGUGUUGACCACUGAGCACCCAUGCGACAACCUCGUGUUCUCCCCUGCGAACCUCACCGCAGGCCUGGGCCUCCUCGCUUAUGCAUCUGGUUGUGAACAAGCAGAUCAGAUUGAGAAGGCACAAGAAAAAGUUGAAACCUGCCCCAGACCAAGACCCCGUCCUGAGCCAACCAAGCCUGAAGCAACUCGCCCCAGACCAAGACCCCGUCCUGAGCCAACCAAGCCUGAACCAACUUGCCCCAGACCAAGACCCCGUCCUGAGCCAACCAGGCCUGAGCCAACUUGCCCCAAACCAAGACCCCGCCCUGAACCAGAGCAACCUAAACCUUGUGACAAGAGACGAGUCAUUCACCGCCCAGCUCCUUGCCCUGAGCCCGAGCCCGAGCCCGAGCCACGUUGUCCCAGACGCGAUGUUCCCUGCUACGAGUGUGAGGAGCCUGAAGGAAUCCAUACAGCAUUCAGCAAAAUCCUUGCGACUCUUAAUGAGCCCAGCAGCAACUAUACCCUGAGCUUUGCCAACAAGCUCUAUGGAAACAAGGACAUUGCCUUCAUCCAGAAAUUCCUUUACUGUGCUCUGAAACUGUACUUGACUGAAGUGGAGAACGCUGAUCUGCAUAAUGCCCCAGAGGAAGUGAGGAGACUCAUCAACCUUUGGGUCGAAGUCCAGACACAUGGUAAGAUCAAGGACCUUCUCCCCAAGGACAGCUUUGACUGCCUUGCUCAGCUCCUGCUGGUGAAUGCUCUCUUCUUCAAAGGACAAUGGGAAGUGAAAUUUGACAAAGAGCUCACAGAAGAAGCUCCCUUUUACCCUCAUCAUGCAGAUGAGAAGGAAUGCCACAGCGUGCAGCUGAUGCACAGGAAGGGUGUCUACAAUGCAGGGACAAUUGACCUAUGCGACGUUCAAGUCCAAGUUGUUGAGAUCCCCUACAAGAACAAUGAACUGACCUUCGUUCUGCUGCUGCCAGUAGACUGCAGUGCAGAAGCUCUUGAACAGCUGGAAGAUGGACUUAGCCACGAGCAUCUGCUUGACCUGUCCUGUCAUCUGAAGGCCAUUGAGGUGGAUUUGGCCAUUCCCAAGUUCAGCUCAGAGAAGAGCAUUGAAGCCAACGAAUACCUGAAUCUGCCGGAUCUGACUGACCACGAAAAGGCCGAUUUCUCUGGAGCAACCACAACAGAAGGCGUGGCUCUGACUCAGCUGGUCCAUGAUGCUGCUAUCGAGAUUGAUGAGGAGGGUGGUGAAGAACCAGAGCCAGUCCCUUGCCCCAAAGAUAGGCGUCCACGUCGGGAACCUGUGGAGUUUCGGUCUGACCAUCCUUUCCUCUAUUUCAUCGUGCACAAUUCUACCCAGAGUAUCAUUGCUCUCGGUAGAUUUGCUAAGUUACGGCAUUCACCUGGAUCCCAGGCCAUGACACCCUGGUAUCAUUCCAACAUUCCUCAGAUGAAAAUAGAGACAUUUUCACCGGAGGAACGUUGGAGGGUAUAUGAGCUUUUGAAUUCCAUCAUGACCACCCUGCCUGAAGCCAAUGCUAAAUUUGGAGUCGACUUUUUCAAAGUGUUGACCACUGAGCACCCAUGUGACAACCUCUUGAUCUCCCCUGUGAACCUCACCGCAGGCCUGGGCCUCCUCGCUUAUGCAUCUGGUUGUGAACAAGCAGAUCAGAUCGAGAAGGCACAAGAAAAAGUUGAAACCUGCCCCAGACCAAGACCCCGUCCUGAGCCAACCAAGCCUGAAGCAACUCGCCCCAGACCAAGACCCCGUCCUGAGCCAACCAAGCCUGAAGCAACUUGCCCCAGACCAAGACCCCGUCCUGAGCCAACCAGGCCUGAGCCAACUUGCCCCAAACCAAGACCCCGCCCUGAACCAGAGCAACCUAAACCUUGUGACAAGAGACGAGUCAUUCACCGCCCAGCUCCUUGCCCUGAGCCCGAGCCCGAGCCACGUUGUCCUAGACGCGAUGUUCCCUGCUACGAGUGUGAGGAGCCUGAAGGAAUCCAUACAGCAUUCAGCAAAAUCCUUGCGACUCUUAAUGAGCCCAGCAGCAACUAUACCCUGAGCUUUGCCAACAAGCUCUAUGGAAACAAGGACAUUGCCUUCAUCCAGAAAUUCCUUUACUGUGCUCUGAAACUGUACUUGACUGAAGUGGAGAACGCUGAUCUGCAUAAUGCCCCAGAGGAAGUAAGGAGACUCAUCAACCUUUGGGUCGAAGUCCAGACACAUGGUAAGAUCAAGGACCUUCUCCCCAAGGACAGCUUUGACUGCCUUGCUCAGCUCCUGCUGGUGAAUGCUCUCUUCUUCAAAGGACAAUGGGAAGUGAAAUUUGACAAAGAGCUCACAGAAGAAGCUCCCUUUUACCCUCAUCAUGCAGAUGAGAAGGAAUGCCACAGCGUGCAGCUGAUGCACAGGAAGGGUGUCUACAAUGCAGGGACAAUUGACCUAUGCGACGUUCAAGUCCAAGUUGUUGAGAUCCCCUACAAGAACAAUGAACUGACCUUCGUUCUGCUGCUGCCAGUAGACUGCAGUGCAGAAGCUCUUGAACAGCUGGAAGAUGGACUUAGCCACGAGCAUCUGCUUGACCUGUCCUGUCAUCUGAAGGCCAUUGAGGUGGAUUUGGCCAUUCCCAAGUUCAGCUCAGAGAAGAGCAUUGAAGCCAACGAAUACCUGAAUCUGCCGGAUCUGACUGACCACGAAAAGGCCGAUUUCUCUGGAGCAACCACAACAGAAGUCGUGGCUCUGACUCAGCUGGUCCAUGAUGCUGCUAUCGAGAUUGAUGAGGAGGGUGGUGAAGAACCAGAGCCAGUCCCUUGCCCCAAAGAUAGGCGUCCAUGUCGGGAACCUGUGGAGUUUCGGGCUGACCAUCCUUUCCUCUAUUUCAUCGUGCACAAUUCUACCCAGAGUAUCAUUGCUCUCGGUAGAUUUGCUAAGCCAGAAUAAGAGAAGAGUUCUGAUGCAUGGAACAAGAUGAAUGGAAAACGGAUAUGGAAGAUGUUUUAUAAAAAAAAACCUAGUAUUUUCCCCUCUCUGCCUCAUAUUUUGUAAUGUCAAUCAUUGCAGAUAUUUGGUCCAAGAGAACUUUCAUUUGGUGGUGGGCCUAAUUUUCAUGGUAUGAUAAUGAUGCUGUUGUCCUACCUGUCUGCAAUUCUUUCUCCGCCUAUUUUACAACUUUUUGAGGAAAAUCUUGCCUCCUGAGUGCUGAAUAUUGUCCUAGUUCUUAAACAGAAAUCUAGGUAAUCAGAACAGCUGAUAAAACAGAAAUGUCUAUAUUCUGAAUGGAAGAGAGCUUCUUUCCCUUAAGGUCUUGCAUGAAGCGCAAUAUUCAGGGCGUGCAGUUUUCCGUGCUACUAUAGCACUGUGAUGGAAGAAGCUGCCCUUCUUUGGGCUACAGUUGACAGCAGAAUGGAGCCUGGAGGCAGGAAUAUGUCACUACUCUGGAAUCUGCUUCCUGAUGAAUGUUUUCCUGUUGAUUCCUGUUGCAAUCCUGUCUGAAUAACUGAAACACAUUUGUAUGCCUUCUGCUGAAUUACUUUCCCUGAAGUCAGCAUGAGGAUUCCAGCCUACACCUACUUACCUUUGAGUAAGCUCUGCUGAAUUCAGUGGGACUUACUUUUGAGUAGACACAUAUAGCAUUGCAGUACAAAAACAGUAAACUGUAGUCUGGCUCCUCAAACUGAUUUCCCCCCCCCUAUGAUGUCUGUGAGACUAUACUCUUUCUUUGAAACCUAUGAAACCCUGUUGCAUCUUUUUUUCUGAACUGCACAAUAUCUCAA